UCCUCUCCUGCCGGUGGCCAGGAUGGAGGUGGACGUGGACCUGGGCUUUGCCCUCUUCUUUGUCUUCCUACUGUGCUCCUUCCUGCUGUUCACCAUAGUGCGCUGUGCCCAGAUGGUCCUGAACCCCUACAGCGCCAUCUCUGUCGCCGCAUACCAGAAUACAGAGGAACAACCUGAGGAGUGACCUCACUCCACACUGAGCAGGAAAUAAUGUGAGCAGAGUG